AUGACGGAACCUCAGAGUCUUUCACCAUUGGCACGUUCGGCAGCGUCAGAAAUCGAACCACCACCUCAACCUCUUUCACCUCCAAAAAAGAAACGAAGCCUUCCUGGAAUGCCAGAUCCAGAUGCUGAAGUGAUUGCUUUGUCACCGAAGACACUGUUGGCGACGAACCGUUUCGUUUGCGAGAUCUGUAACAAAGGGUUUCAACGCGAUCAGAACCUGCAACUUCACCGGCGCGGGCACAACUUGCCGUGGAAGCUGCGGCAGCGAGGGAGCAAGGAACCGCGGAAGAAAGCGUACGUGUGCCCCGAGCCUUCGUGUGUCCACCACAACCCCGCCAGGGCGCUCGGCGACCUCACCGGCAUCAAAAAGCACUUCUGCAGAAAACACGGCGAGAAAAAGUGGAAAUGCGAACGCUGCUCGAAGAAAUACGCCGUACAGUCGGAUUGGAAAGCUCACAUGAAAACUUGUGGCACCAGAGAGUACCGAUGCGACUGCGGCACCUUGUUCUCUAGGAGGGACAGUUUCAUCACGCACAGAGCAUUUUGCGAUGUGUUAGCGCAAGAGAGCGCCAGGACUCAGGUCCAAGCCCAAGCCCAGGCCCAGACCCAGACCCAGAAUGGUAGCACUAGCGACGUUGACGCGGCUUCUUCGCCCCCUGCGCCUCCACUUACUCCUUCUGCGUCUGUGGUGUCUCCAACCUUGUCCAUUCAGAGCUCAGAAAUUCCAGAAAACCCAACAAAGCUGUCACCCAUGUCUCCAAACGCAACGCGCUUGGUGACAAGCAGCGCCCCUUCAAGUGCCACUGCUUGCACCACUGUUUUUGCAAGUGUGUUGGCACCGUCCACAACAACAACAACUCAGUCACAAUCUCAUUCACAGUCACCGUCAACUUCCUCAUUCUUCAACCUCAUGUCAAACUUGGCUCGCUCGGACAACCCCAAUGCCAUCUCUAAUCUGAUAGAACCCACAUCCCUCUCCCUCUCCUCACCGCUCUAUCUCUCCAACAAUGACUCCCCACACUUCACAACAUCUCCUCAACCUGCACUAUCCGCCACUGCAUUACUCCAAAAAGCAGCUCAAAUGGGUGCAUCCAAUGCUUCCCUUCUUCGUGGCUUAGGCUUAGCAACAACAUCAUCAUCAUCAUCCUUCGGGAAAGACGAGGAUUUUAACAUCAAAGCAACCACAGCAGCACAAUGGAACGGGCAAGUAAAGCAAGAGAAUCAGCCUGUGGUGGACAACCUUGGGCUUGGGCUUCACGGUGGGAGUGGAAGUGUGACAGAUGUGAUGAUGGACCCUUCUAUCCCAUUUGUGGGCCAGCCCAUGACCCGUGAUCUUCUCGGUCUUGGCAUUGGUGGCGGAGCAAGCAGGGGUGGACUCUCUGCUUUGCUCACCUCUUUCGGAGGGAACUUUGAUUCACCCGGUGAUGGAGGAGUUCAUCAGUAG